GAUCUACAAUAGGUAAUAAUCCGUUAGGUACAUUUUUAGUUAUAAUUAACGUUAUAUUGCGGCAGAUUGUUAAUUUUGUGGAACUUCCCGAUGCACUGGCAAUAGAAACAGUGUACUUAACGAUGUAAACAGCUUGGUAGGUCAGAACUACAACAUCCAGUAUACUCCCAAGUCCUAUUUAAACCACAAGACAUUUAACACUCUGUUGCAUUUUGUGACGCGGUGUUGUGCAAUAGAUUUAGCCGGCGUUAGAAAAUGUCAUCCUGUCUGAUACAGUUGGAUAAUUUCCAAGGCCUAUACUGCGCAGGAAAUGUCAUAGCAGGGAGGGUGAUCUGUUCAUUCAAUAAAACCAAAUCCAUAGGAGGGAUCAAACUGAAACUGGAAGGACAAGAACACAACUCAUGGACUGGUACUGAAAGUUACUACGACCACAUCAAUAAAAGGCAACAGACAAGGACGAUUUAUUUCAAUGGGCAGAAUACGUUUUUGCGCAACGACAUUGUUCUGCAUGGUGGAGGAACUUUGGGGCCAGGCAGAUUCGAAUUACCCUUCACCUUCCAACUGCCCUCUAAUAUUCCUGGUACCUACCAGGGUCACUAUGGAGGGAUCUUUUUUACGCUCACCGCCAAUGUCGACAGGUCCUUCAAUAUGAACUAUAAGGACACCAUACAGAUCAUAGUAGCUUCCCUCAUAGACUUCAAUCAUAUGAGAGGCUUAAUCCAGCUGGAACCAGUCGCUUAUUCCGUUGAUAAAACCAUAUGCUGCUGCUGUUGCGCUAGUGGUCCCAUAACCAUGGCAGUGCAUCUAGAGAAAGAAGCGUUUGUGGUGGGGGAAGUAGCUAAUAUCAGGGUGGAUAUAUCUAAUAUGUCCAACGAAAAUAUUGAGGGGGUCAAUGUUAAACUGAGCAUGAAAAUUCAAUCUAUGGUCACGUACCCGAGGCAUGACUGCAGGUACGACUCUGUGAUCUUAGCGAUGCAAAGCGACACAGGUGUUGGUGCACAUGCGGAGAGAACCUACAAUUUCGGUCUGAAGAUUCUCGAUACCACACAAGUGCCCAAUUUUAGCAUUUGCCAGCUCUUCAGUCAGAAGACCAAGUUAAAAGUAACCGCAGUUAUACCGGGAGUUCAUUCCAACAUGGACGUCGAGACUUACAUCACCAUGGGUCACGUGCCGAUCCUUGGUUCGUCACAGAACCCAGGGCAGUAUUUACCAAGCACAUACCCACCUAAUAUUUACCCGCCAAAUUCGCAUCCGACCAUUCGUGAGGGAAUUUCCACUCCAGCGGGGUCCGUCGCGCAGCAAGGGGUUGGUGCUGGACCCAGCGCUCCUCCCUCGGAGGGCGGACUUUCCAAAAUUGGGAUGGGAGGGAAUGAGCUUCCUAUACAAGGAUCAGAUGAUCCCUGGUCCCCAGAGUCGCCACCACCUUCCUAUAGCGAAGCUGUACCAUAUGCAGCAAAACAAUGAGGACAGUGUUGACUGCCAAUGCAUUUUAUUAUUUUCAACUUUACGAAGUCAUUGAGGUGGAAAGAGACAAGAUGCAGUUAGGAAUAACAUUGGUGAUUAUUGGACCAUAUGACCGAUGUUUUCCAUUUUGAUUGACCUAUGAUUACAAAUAUUGGAUUUCUUUUCAUGAGGUUUUAGUUAAACAUAAUAUUAAAGAACACAGUUUACUUGUCAGAGCUUUUUAACCAGUUUUUGGUUGAUAAAAAUAAAUAAUUCUUCUAGUCCCUUAGUUAUAUAAAUUAAAUAUAAUUUUAUAUAAAUUUUAUUUAGGUG